ACGUCACCAACUGUCAUGGCGUCUCCCUUGAAGGGGGCUUGGUACUGGCGAAAGUAACCGCUGUUAUUUAACAAUUUUGUCUUGUCUACGGAGCCGCUAAACCCGACUGAAGAAGCUUUUAGGAGCGGAUUGUGACCAUGGGGACUGUCCAUGCUAAGAGUCUGGAUCCUCUACCGAUGCAUGGCCGGGACUUGGGCGUCAACCCUGAUGACUUGUUGGAGCCUCCGGAAAUAGAGCAGGAGGCCAAGCAGGAGAUCCUCGAAAACAAAGACGUCGUCGUCCAACAUGUCAACAUCCAGGGUCUUGGAAGAACUAAAGAAGAUCUGCUUGGCUAUGAGAUCUCUGAUGUUUUCCACGCCAAAAACCUCAUUGAUGUGAUGAAAAAAGCUCAUGUUGCCAGACAGAGGCUGCUCCGCCUGGGGAUCUUCAAAGAGGUGGAGGUUCUUAUCGAUACGUCUGAAGGCAAAGACGCUUUGCCCAACGGUCUGGAUGUAACCUUUGAGGUGACAGAGAUAAAGAGGCUGACAGGAAGCUACAACACCAUGGUUGGCAACAAUGAAGGAAGCAUGGUGCUGGGGCUGAAGUUGCCCAACAUGUUGGGCCGAGCUGAGAAACUCACCUUCCAGUUCUCCUAUGGGACCAAGGAGACGUCAUACGGCCUGUCCUUCUUCAAGCCCCAGCCUGGACACUUUGAACGCAACCUCACCCUAAACAUGUACAAAGUCACCGGCCAGUUCCCAUGGAGCUCCUUAAAAGAGACCGACAGAGGCCUGUCUGCUGAACUUAAUUUUCCUCUCGGGGUGACCAACCACACGUUGAAGUGGGAGGGUGUAUGGAGGGAGCUGGGCUGCCUGGCACGCAGCGCUUCCUUCGCCGUGCGAGAGGAGAGUGGACACUCGCUGAAAUCAGCCCUUUCGCACACUGUGUCAGUCGAUUCAAGGAAUUCUGCCAUUUUCCCCAGCAGAGGUGCCUUACUCCGGAUCAACCAGGAACUGGCGGGGUACACAGGAGGAGAUGCCAGCUUCUUGAAAGAGGAUUUUGAGCUGCAGCUCAACAGACGGCUCUUCUGGGACUCAGUCUUGUCUGCUUCUUUGUGGGGUGGGAUGCUUUACCCCAUUGGUGGGCAGCCGUCCUGCAUCGCUGACAGGUUCUACCUUGGGGGUCCCACCAGUGUACGAGGAUUUGGGAUGUACAGCAUUGGGCCACAGAGUGAAGGUGACUAUCUGGGUGGAGAGGCAUACUGGGCAGGUGGUCUGCACCUCUACACUCCGCUGCCCUUCAGACCAGGCAAGGGCGGCUUUGGAGACCUUUUCAGAACGCACUUCUUCCUCAACGCAGGCAACCUCUGCAACCUCAACUAUGGUGAUGGUCCCCGGGCGCACCUUCAGAAGCUAGCUGAGUGUAUUCGCUGGUCGUACGGAGCGGGCAUUGUGCUACGGCUUGGGAAUAUUGCCAGACUGGAGCUCAACUACUGUGUGCCCAUGGGGGUUCAGAGCGGAGACAGGAUAUGUGACGGUGUCCAGUUUGGAGCAGGAAUUCGCUUCCUGUGACCUCAUCACUCCGCUGCCCUCAGUACUCCAGCAGAGGCUGUGAUGUGAAAAGGGAGACCGUCUUGUUGUUUGUCACCUGUAACUUGUUCUAGCAUGAGUCCUGUGUCCUGAUCCCCCAACCCACCUUUGAUAUGCACCAUUUUAGGCUUUGAAAAAACAAAGUGCAGGGACAUAAAACUAGUGAAACUUUUUACAGUACAAACUGAACGGGCUUUCACCCAUUUGAGAGACAAAAGUAACCAGAUAUAAGAUUUCUUUAGCAGCAGCCCCAAGACAUAAUGAUACCUAUGGCAGCAAUACAGUCAUAGAGAAGCAUUUACAAAUUCCAACAUGUCAGCAGGUUUUCUCUAGUGAAUCUUGAUUUUGUUUCGAUUGAAACCACUGUUUCUCUUUCCUUGGUUUGUCUCCAGCACUGGCACCUUGUCUGUGGAAAAGUCAUCUACUAGUGAUUUCACCCAGUGUGUUGCUGUGGUGAUAUAAAGUAACUUAUUUUCCAGAAUGUUAAAGAGAUUUUUGGCACGUUCCAUGUUUGCCUUCCAUGCUUCUUGUCCAGGAGCACGGCUUGUUAAUAAUUGUUUGCCAGUUUUAACAGCCUAUUGACCUGAUGACUUUUGUUGAGUCACACUGAGUGAUUGAGAGAGUGCAGCAGCAGCCGGGGAGUGACCCCAGAGAAACCAGUGCUUUAAUCAAAGCAGCGGUGUUCGAAGGGAAUCAACCCCCCAUGCCAAAGCAGCUCAAACAUUGUUGUCUGAUGUGAAGUACAGCGGGUUGAUCUCUCGGGAUGGCAGCAGAGGUGGACCCCCCCACUCCCACCCGAGCAACAUCCACCACCAGUGCUCUUACCUUUAGUCCUCUUUUUGAUGUUGUUGAAUAUAUUCACAAAUAAAUCACAGCUGCUCCCUUG